UGUUUGCGCAGUUAUUGUUUUUUUUACUCAAAAAAAAAAAGCGUGAAAGUCAUAAAUAUAUUGCGUCCUUUGUUGUGUGCAUAUUUUUUGGGGCGAUCUACUCUCGUUUUUUACAUCAGCUUUCUCGAAAUCCGGGUAAAACCACGAGACGACAUGUUUUGUGUCCAAACGUAAUUUCUACUGUUUGUAAUCUUAUUUUGGUGCCUACUGGUGAUGGUGCCUUGCUCAGGGGCAUGUUGAAUCGGGACUGGGGAGUGACUGCUCGAAUUUAGAAUCCUGUGGGCGAAUGAUUAAACGCUAUGAUGACAAGGCAGCAUGCAUCCGAGCCAGCAGCUUCUUCAGUGAGGAAGCCAUCUUUCAGCCAGUCUCGCACCAAAGCCUCGCCGAACAAAAGGACCAAACAGAGUUUGAUUCCUGUACGCUCGCUGAAGCAAGACCAUCCAAAAGCGCACCCGUCUUGCAACUAUGAGACCCAAUGGCCUGAAAAAAAUGGAGCAUCUUAUUUUCCACGUUCUGGUCCUUCCGUUGACCGUGUUUCUUCUCCCGUCUUAUCGGACGUGGAAAGCCCUUCCCUGUCAUCACAAGCUCCGAAACGUAUUCAGAGGAAUUCAGGCGUGACAAAGUACAUUGAUCGUUUUCGCUACGGACAACCGUUGAGUCGAGAGGAGCGCCAGCAGAUGUUUUCUGAUUUUGAAGAUGAUCGGGUGCCUUUGUGGUGGAUGUCUUCCUCAUCUUUACCUCCCAGUUCAACACCAUCCAAAAUUUCACACAAAGAUCCGACAGACGACCGCAGCCAAGCCGUUUCCAGUCCAGCAAGACGCCAACUUCAUGAUGACUUUAAUUAUUCGCCACGUGGAGGAGACUAUAUCAUGAAUGCAUAUCUUCCGUCAGACACAUCUGAGAAUGAAUUUGAAGACACGGAGAUACUUCACCUUCAGGAAAGGGCCAGCAAACUUCUGCAGAGACGUGACAGCAUUCUUAGCAGCGUAUCGAUUCCUGUCAGUUCCGAGGGCCUGGGAUGCUCUGAUCGCUCUUCUUCAGUCAGUAUAAAUGAGACGGCGCAUAGACCCUUGAUGAACACUUCAAUAAAGUCUACAGCUGCAACGGGCUGGUCGGACUCCGCUCUCGCUGUGCCCGUCCGAAGAUACACUUUCAAUUCUUCAAUGUCGCCCCACACUCGCCCAGAAGAUGACAUCCUUUCCCAGUGGCGUUUGAGAAGAAAGAUGGAGCAGGCGGGCGAACGCGUUCAUUCCAUGCGCAACUCUGAAUUUUACACCCCGACGUUUAAGGGUCGAGCCCCCAGUCUGCACUUUUCCUCAGUAAAUGGACACCCGUGCAAGCAAGAGCAAAUUAUUCAAUACCCCAAACCCCCACAAGAAGAUUUUCCUGAGCCCAAAGAAGCCCGUGGAGAGCGCGACGCAACUUCAGUCCCACUUGGCGCUGCUGAACCCGAUACGUUCGUCUCCCGGCCACCGUCUCUCGCGCAUGUUCCUGCGCACAUGCAUCUCCUUUGUGACAUUCUUCCCUGUCCCACGCAGUCGCCUCAUGCCGUCACGUUCCAAGGCAAUCCGCACAAAGCGGAAGAAACGUUAACUGAAGAAAGAACUGAAAAACCCAAAGUCUCUGGACACUUAAAGGACAAUUACAUCGACAACCCUCCUCACAGACACAUUCCAUCCCCACCUCCUGGUCCCUCUAGAUAUACACACGUAGAUUUUACUUUUAGACCUACAGAUGGAGGUCAUCCUUCUAGACCUAGAGAAGGUUGCAGUCCAGCAAGACCUGUAGAAGGCGACUGUCCGACCAGACUGACAAAGGACGGGCAUCCUUCUUCGAUACCAAAGAAAGAAGGAAGUCAUUCUAGACUUACAGAAGAACGGAAUCAGUCUAGACUUGUAGUAAGAGAUCAUGACCAGAACCUCAGAGUGACGAAUGAGAUGCCUGAAAAGGAAAAAACCCAAACAAAGCAAGAGGGAGAAAGUGAGAAGACUGAGAGGAUUACCACAAAACAGAAGAAAUUUACAAGGUGUGCCGAAUGCACCGAGCAUGCUGAAGGGCCGAAGGCCACAAGUUCCGCGCAGCAGAAGCCUCCGAAAAAAAACAAGACACGAGCAGAUCCACGGCAGCAGCAGAGACGCAAAGAUGCACCUCAUCAGCCGCCACUGUCUUCUCCCGUCCAGCGUGCCUUAGGCCAGGUUGUUUCUGAGGUCCUGUUCCCACCAGUGGACUCUUCUCCCCGAGGUGCAGCCGUCCCGUCGCUUCCUCCGCCUCGGCGGUCCUCACUUCCUCCUUGCGCUGCGCACGCCUCGCUGGAGGUCAUGUCGCAGCUGCUGCAAGAGGCUGAAGAUUCAGAUGAGAAAGAAUUCGAAGACGACACUUUACUACGAGUCCUCCGCACGCAAAGGAACUGGGUCAAGGAGCAAAUCAGUGAAGUGGAUUUCAUGUUGCACAAUAAGCAAGAAGAUAAGCCAACUUGAUGCAGUAAACUUACAUUUUUUUUUUUUUUUUAUACAUUUGAUUUUGUAUGUAGUUUAUUGACAUUUUACAGAAGAAACAAAAUACAACAAAAACUUAAUCACAACAAAACACAACUGCUUAUAAAUUGUAGACCUAAUAUUUACAAAGUGUACAUUCUUGAAAUAUUCGGGAGGGUUGAUGCCUAAAACUGAGCAUUAUUUACAAAUCUGACCAGGCAAUAUUGUAAAAUAAACAAUAAGGCUUUUAUGA